AUGUCUUCCAAGGAUCCUCGCUCGGUGAUCGACCCGUCCAAGUUCCUCAACAAGAAAGUACGGGUGAAGUUUUCAGGAGGCCGUGAGGUAGAGGGAACCCUAAAGGGCCACGACGCCGUUUGCAACUUGGUGCUGGACGACACGGAAGAGUUUCUAAGAGAUCCGGAGGACGCCAGCCGGCUGCUGGAAACUACGCGGUCUCUAGGCCUCGUUGUUGCACGUGGAAGCGCCAUUGUUCUGAUCUCCCCAGUGGACGGCGUGCAGCGUAUAGAAAACCCCUUCAUUGGCGUGGAGGCACAGUGA